AUCUCACUCUACGCUCUCAUCAUUGCCCUCUACUCGGUGUGCGCUGGGUCGCCAAACCACUUUUUACCGUCACGAAACAUUCGCUGGUCUUCGAGACUUGAACUCUUGCAAUUGGCGUCCACAUCAUCCCACGCUUGCAUUCCAACGUUGCCUUUUCGAUCGAAAUAGGUUCUCAUAAACACAAUGGCUUCUUCCGACAGGGAUCCCUCGCGGGAUCGUGAGCUAGUCAGGCACUCGCAUUCUUUCUCCUCAGUACCAAUGUGGGAUAGCUCGGAUCCAGAACGUGCUCCCCCUCCAUUACCUCUAAAUCCAGGCUCGCCUGUCCUCACUACUCGCCCAAAUACAUCGGCCGCCAUCGUCAAUGCAGCCAAAGCACUGGAAGAAAAGGCUCGCGAGAGCCUACCCAUGAGCUCAUACACUACCAAUCCUUUGCCACAAAGGUCACCUGAAAGGUCAUCUGAACGGUCACUUAUCAAGGGCGCACAACAUAAGCGGAUGCAGUCUCUGCAGACAACAAGUGUGCGCGAUCUGAAGAGUUUCCUUGACGGUGUCAGGUCCCCGGAGCGAUCACCUGAACGUCCAUCGACGCGGUCAGGCACACCGUCCCGGGAGCCAGAGAAGGACUAUCUCUCGGCGCGCCACAGCCCCUCUCAGAUAUCGACACCUACGCCCUCGAGUCGCGAUAUACUGAAGGACACACCGGCCUUGCGCCCUACAUCUCGGCAUCUUCAAAAGGCUAUUUUGGGCGAAAACACGCCACCGUCGGCCACCAUGCUGGCAUUACAGACUAUGACCGUUCCCCGAGAACUACUCGACCCUCCUAUGCCUUCUACGACAACCUCGACUGCGAAAGAAUCCCAACCUCCUCCUCAGUUGGAGGCAAUCUCCAGCCAACUGCUCAGUAUCACCAAUAUCGUAUCCAACCUACAGAAAGACAUGACACAGCUUAGCCGGCGCAGUAAGGACAAUGCUUCCGACCUCAUCAGCUUGAAGGAGGCAACGAGUGCCCGGGACGAGGAUAUCCGCAAAUCUCUCAAGGAGCUUGUGUCAACGAUGAACCAGACCGCCAACCUUGUCAACACCCCUGGGGAAUUCUCGCGUUCAACCAGUAGCAUUGGAAUGAAAGACCCGCACAUGACUCCGACUAAACAGUUCAGCAUGGCGCGUAUGACUUCGCCUAGUCCGUUCAUGAUGGAUGAAAGAAUUGGGAGCCCGAAUCCUUACUCCGUGGAGGGUGCCGCCAGUGUAGCCAUGCUUGAGAAGAUCAUUCGUGAAAUGGUUACUAAAGAUGGGCAGGAACGGCUUAUCGCCAACCUCCAGACUCUGGUCGACAAAGCCACGGGCGAGACUGCGAAGAAGGUUGCUGAGCUAGCAGAGUUCGUCAAGCAGGGUUCCCAAAGUAGCGCUCUCGUGCCUGCUGCUAAUUCGGGCAUCCCCUCUGCCCAGUCAGCACCAGGCCCUAAGAUAAUAAGUGGCGAUGCGACUUCCCCCUUUCCGCUUCAGAAGGUAUCCGAGGGUAACAAGCCAUAUGCCAGUCCCAAGGCUGCCGAUUUCGUCAGUGAAGAGAUGCUGAAGUUUCUCCGGAAAAUCAAAGAUAGUGUCGCGGAGUCUGGCUGCGUAACCAUGGGAACCAAGGCUAUGAUUCAGGAUCUUCGAGGGGAGGUGCUCGGUAUGGGUCGUGAGCUAGCUCGAAAGCUGGAAGAGGUUGAACGCUCAACGAUUGGGGGCAAAUCCAUUGAAUCCGGUCAACCAAAUCCCGACAUUGCCGCGGUCAUUCAAGAGGGUCUACAGGAUCUCAAGCAGCACAUGGACGAGGUGAUGCGUGAACGGAGACGACAAUCGAUCUCCUCUACGCUUACCCGGAAUACCGUGGACAGUCACGAGGUAUACGACGUAGUGAAGCAUGCUUUGGCAGAGCGCGGAUUGGAUCAACAUGCAGCUCAGCCUCUCCCAGUCGACAAGGAGGCGAUCAUAGCCGCUGUGCGUGAAGCCAACGAAUCCUACAAGCCACAUAUUGAAGUCGAGCAAAUCGGGCUAGAGCGAGACGAAGUCCUCCAGUGCUUGAGAGAGGGAUUUCAGGAGUAUCGUGGUUCAGGUUCCGUUACCAAAGAAGAGAUUGAGCGCACAAUCCAGGACGCGUUUCAGCACGUCAAGUUUCCCGAGCCGAUCAAUGAAGUACACGAAAUUCGGGAGGAAGUGCUUAUGGCUGUCCGAGAGUGUCUGGAGGACAUCAAACCCAAUUUUGCACAACCACAGCAUCAACUUGAUGGCGCCAUCCGGGACGUCGUGCUACAUGCUAUCAAGGAGGGCCUGGCCGAUCGUAAUGGUCCGCAAGAGAUAGAGCUUUCACAGGAGGUGCUCUAUGAAGCGGUCAAGGCGGCCCUGGAUGCCUCUCCUUUACGGCUUCAAGGUCAGAGCGAUGACGUAGUCCAGCAUCUGCAUGCACUGGUGGACGAUAUGCACAACGAGUUCAAGGCAUAUUCCUCGGCCAACGGUCGGGAUACGGAGCAGGUCCUUGAUGCAUUAAAGGACGGCCUUGAUACCCUGCGCUCACAGAUUGAAGCUUAUAUCGACAAGGCCCACGACGACACACAAAAAGACGAGGUCAUCCAACAGUUACAUGGGGAACUCGAGCGCUUACGGGUCGAUAUCCAAGCCUACGUUGCCGAAGGCCCGCGGGGUGACCAGGCAUGGCCCCGGGGAGAAAUGGUCGCUUUUAUCAAAUCUGAGUUUGAGCAUUUGCACGAGUCCCUCUCCCAACAGUUACUUCCCACGACUCAGGAUAAGGAGGAAAUUCUUACAGCACUCAGCGCUGGUUUCGAAGGAAUGAAAUCCCAGGUUGUCACCCGUGACCUUGAUCUGGACACAAACGAUGAGAUCAAUGAGGCAAUGAAGGAAGAGUUUGACCAACUAAAACAAAUUAUCCUUGGCGACACAGCAAGUCGCAAGGACGAAGUGAUCCAAGCACUUCAGGCCGGAUUUGCUGAAAUGAGCGCGAAGUUUGGAGACGGCAUAUUAGUCAAUACUCCAAAUGACGACUUGCUGCUAUCACUCAAGGAAGAAUUCGAACACCUGCGAGAGACUCUGGGAGGGACACUUGUGAGAGCGAAUGGCAGUGCGGACAAGGACGACAUUAUCGACGGAGUGCGUGAGCUCAUGGACGGGAUAGUCCCCCAAAUUACCUCCACCCACGAAAACGCCUCCAAAGCCAACCUCUCAACAAUCCUCCAAGAAUUGGAAGGCCUCAGAGAAUCGCUGGGCUCUACAUUGGUACGUGCUGAAGGAUCGGACGACAAGAAUGAUAUUUUGGAGACAAUCCGAUCGGGUUUAGAGGAUAUUAAAGCGAACGCAAAGUCCAUGGACAUCAACGAAGAGCUUCUGGAAGCAUUCCGUGGUGAACUGGACCAAUUGCGCCAAUCCACCGGGCUUACACGCCAACAUGCUCGAGCUGACACCGAAGAAGUACUGGAAGCUGUCCGACUUGGUCUUGACGACCUUCGAUCUCAUCUGGAGAAGAAGCUCGACAAUCCUGAGAGGCAAAUGUCGGCCACGAACGAAAUUCUGGAUGCCCUGAACGACGGCCUGGAAGGUCUCCGAAAUGAUGUCACGAAGACAAUCAAUAAGCCCGUUGAUAUGACGGUCUCUUAUGAGAUCUUGGAUGCCCUGAAAGACGGAAUUGCGACCCUCCGCGAGGAUAUUGCUACUCUGAAGAGCAAAACCGAGCCAACGCCUGAAGAAGAGAACACACCAACAGGAAAUGAGGUUGUUCUGGCGGAGGCCCCAGAGACGAUCGCCAACCGAGACAUCGUUGCGAAUCCCGUGCGUCGCAACGACUUCGAGAAGAUGGAAGUCAUGCUUUCGCAAAUUCAAGUCAAAGUCGAAGCGAUGGACGCGAACAUACAGAAUCCGGCUCACGCCCAAGAAACGGCCGCCCCGCAAUCCACGCCACUGGCAGACGAACUGACCAGCAUAGAGCAAAUGCUGAAAGAUCUGCAGGCAUCGGUCGUCCAGCUGCAGGAGCGCGAAUUUGCAAUCACUCUCGAAGGAAUGGCCACCAAGGAAGACACUGAUGCUAUCGAAACGCUUCUGGACAACCUGAAGGCGAAGAUUGAAGAGUUGAACCUUCCUGAUCCUGAAAAGAUGGUUUCAAAAGACAACUUGGAUGAUAUCGAGUUGAUCGUUCGCACAACCUCAGAAUCUCUUGAGGCAUUGUCUCAGAAAAUCUCAGAAGAAGGUGCGACCAAGGGUGACGUCGCCGUUGUCCAGGUGAUCGUUGAUGAUAUCAAGCAAGCUCUGGAUGAGAUGAAGACUGCAAAACCGGAUGAGGAAGAGAAGAUCACCAAGACUGACGUGGAUGAUUUGGCUGCGCUUGUCUGCGACAUCAAAGCGAAGGUCGAUGACAUGAAAAUUCCUGAUAGCGACGAGCUUCCUUCCAAGGCUGAUGUUGAACAACUCAUUGGUCUCUUACACGACUUCCGGGAGAGCCAUGACAAGUUGAAGGAGACAUACGAAGAGGACAUCAUGAAGACGGCCAAGAACUUUGACGACCGCAAAGCCGAAGCCCAAGGCCUCUCUGAUACGAUCACUGAGGUCAAGGUGAUUUUGGACGAAGUCAAGGACGAAAUUAAGGCAGGCUUGAGCGAGGGGGGGAGUAUAGAGAGCCUUCGGGAGUCGUUCAAGAAUCUGGAAGACGCUGUCGCCCUAAACUCCGGCCUUAGUGCUGAUGUCAAGGACCUCAUGGAGACAGUCUCUCGCGAAUUCGAGCGUGCGCAAGGUUCCAUCGAAGGUUUGAUGAAUGGCCAAGAGGAGAAAUCCACUCUGGCGCUUGAGAAACAGGACGAAGCAAAGGAGGCUAUCAUUGCGGAAGUUGCCACAAAACUUGAUGAACGGUUUGAUACUCUUAUGACCAAGUAUGAUGAUGCACAGCUUCUUGCCGAAGAACAGACCAAAGUCAUGAAAGAAAAGGCGGAGGAACAGGAGAAGAUCCUCGAAAGCACGAGGGCAAUGGCUGAUGAACUUCGACUUACAAUCGAUACUCUUGGUGCUUCAAUCACCGGCAUGAAUGAUAGAUAUGAAGAAGCAACUCAGAAGUGGGCGACUGACUAUUCAGCAGCCGUGUUUGGGAAGAUCGACGAUGCUGUUGCUAAGCUGGAGGAGCAGAAGAUGGAGGAAAAGACGGAGCACUCGCAUACAAGGGACGAGAUUGCGAACAUCGAGCGCAUAUUUAACGGUCUCCAGGACAACAUCACCGAGUAUCAUCCUAAGUUCAUGGUCAUCCUUCGCGAGAUCGAAGCCCUUGUCAAGCAACACUAUGACCACGCGCAGAAGGCCAAGGAAGCUGCGGAGGAGCAGGCCCGGCUUAUGAACGAAGAGGCUCGUGCCAGGGCUGAAGAAGUAGCCAGACAUCUCAACAGUCUACCCGCAUUGCUUCCCCCACCGCCUGCACCCGUCGAAGCCGUGGAGAAGUACGACGAUGCCCAAGUGCAGGAGAAGUUGGACAGACUCAUCGGUCACAUUAGUGAUGCAGAGAAGUCUGGAGCACACCUGGAGCGUCUUGAUGAGAUCCACAAGCAGGUCAAGGCUACAGCAACCGAGAUAAGCGAGUUUGUGGCCCGACAGACUCAACUGGUUACGGACGGUAACGAAGCCAAAGAGCGAGAAGCGGAGGGGGUUGCACUUCUUCUGGAGCGGCGAAUGGCACAAAAGGAGCAACUCGAGGCAGAUAUUGCCGAGUUGAAGGCUGAGAAAGAGCGUGUUGUGAGAGAGCUCAAGGAGGAGAAGGAACGUGUGUUGGCGGAGAUCAAGGAAGAAAAGGAACGCACGGUACUGGAGUUGAAGGAGGAGAAGGGUGCUUUGCUUUCCGCCGUGGCCGCGUUGCAAGCGGAGCGUGAGAACCUCGCCAACCAGAAAGUGCGUCUCACUGGUGAAGUCUCCUCGCUCCACACUGCCUUGGAGAUCCGAAGAGAGGAAUUGCACUUGAUGGACGCCAAGGCUGAUGCAUUGGAACGACGCAUUCUCAACGGCAUCAUGGAUCACUCUCGUGCUCUGAUGAUGGCCAAGGGAACAUCAAAGAGUCCCAUCAAACCCAAGAAGCGCAUGAGCGUUGAUGCCAUCGGCGACAGUGCCAAAACGAUGGCUCCUCCCAGUACAGCAGCGAACGGACUCUCCUUAGCGUUGAAGCCUCGUCCAGCAGUCCGUCGCAACGGUCCCGUGCAGAAUCCGACUCGCCGCAUUCUUUCUCUCAGCCAGAUCAACCCAAACACUGCUGCCGGUGCUCAAGAAUUUCCCAGAAUGGGCAACUCAAUGGGAAACAAUGCCAAUUUGAAACGCAGCCAUUCCGUUAAGACGAAUUAUUUGCGCAAGUCGUCGUGGAAUGGCAAGCCAAUGACCGCAGUGGUAGACAAGGAGAAUGAGGUCCUAAGCGAGGAGGACGAGACCGAAGAAAAGAUGAACCCAGUUGAACCAGAGUUGAAAGAGAACCUCCCUGUAACUGACGAGAACAACCAAGAAGACAGCCACAGCGACGCCGGCACUGAACGCCGCCAUAACGUUGCAGCAAGCUCCUACGCCGAGAGUUAUGCUGACGGUGAGAACCCUAGCCUUGACGGUCGUUCUAGUUACGGGGGAGCUGGAAGUGAGUAUACGUACGCUUCCGGGUCGUCGUACAUGACUGGCAGUGACAUGGAUCGGCGCACAUCGUACGGCUCAACAGCUGCGCGGUCCACCCUUCUGGACGACAAUCAUACGAUCAACGAGGCAAGUGAAGAUGAUGGCUCGGAAGAGGAAGACGAUGAACCCACGCAGACGCUCGCAGCCUCCGAAGCCCCACAGUCUGAAGCCAAAGGUUUCGAAGUCACGUCCUCGGAGGUCACGGCGUCAGAGGUGUCGACCAACUUGCUUCCCACGCAAUCUGAGAUCGAGGCCGCAGUCGAGGCGGUCAAGGAGGAAAUGAUGAGGGGUUAUGCGGCGCCGAGCGAUUCGGGCGUGGGGACGGAUUUGGCGACGGCGCAGUUGGGGCAUGAGAGUGAAGCGGAUUACUUCAGGAGGGCGGCGGAGGAGGAGAGCACGGUUGGGUGAGGGAGAUGGCUGCUUUGAUGAUUUCGUCGGAGACGUAGUGUCGCCGCUGCUUGGUUGGUGUGCUUGAGGUACCUCUUCCGGGGUACCUCCUACGGCGUGCCUCCCACCUGUGGUGACUUGCUUGCUGGCCGGGUUUCUUGAUCGUUGAGGAACAGGAUGGGGAUCGGUUUUCGGGAUCGAUUCUUUGGGAAGUGCGCAGUUGGCGCGGGGAUGUGAAAUUGGGUUUUCUAAGGAUUCUGGGUUUUCUUUUCCUGGCGGCUCUACUAGGUAUCAUGGCUAAUGAUGAUUUCUUUAUCUCUCCUGUCCGUCC